AAAUAUGGAGGCUACCAUCAAACAUUAUCAGAUUAAAAAGAAUGACUCAGGACAGUGGUACGUGGCUGAAAGACACCUCUUUCAAUCAAUCCCUGACUUGAUCUGGUAUCACCAGCACAAUGCGGCAGUCAAGGGAAAGAGAAAUAUGGAGGCUACCAUCAAACAUUAUCAGAUUAAAAAGAAUGACUCAGGACAGUGGUACGUGGCUGAAAGACACCUCUUUCAAUCAAUCCCUGACUUGAUCUGGUAUCACCAGCACAAUGCGGCAGGCCUCAUGACCCGUCUCCGCUACCCAGUUGGACUGAUGGGCAGCUGUUUGCCAGCCACAGCUGGUUUUAGCUACGAAAAGUGGGAGAUAGAUCCUGCUGAGUUGGCUUUUGUAAAGGAGAUUGGAAGCGGUCAGUUUGGGGUGGUCCAUUUAGGUGAAUGGCGAGCGCACAUCCGGGUAGCUAUCAAGGCCAUCAGCGAAGGCUCCAUGUCCGAAGAGGAUUUCAUCGAAGAGGCUAAAGUGAUGAUGUGAGUAUAAGCAUACAACACCAGAUACACAGCAUACAACAUUCUGGUGUCAUGGAAAGAACAUGG